UCACUGUCCAUCCGCAGGUCGGCAGGUGCAACUGCAAGCUAAGAUCAAGAAGGCGAUAGAUAGAAGAAGAAGGAAUUCAAGAAGAUGCAGGCGGUGAAGGAGAAGGUGAAGGACAGUGUGAGCGCGGCGAAGGCGAAGGCCAAGGAGAAGCAGGCCAAGGCGGAGGAGAAGGCCGAGGUGGCGACGGCGAGGUCCCGGGCGGAGAGGGAGCUGGCGCACGAGCGCGGCAAGGCCAGGGUGGCGGCCGCCAAGAUGGAGUUGCACCAGGAGAAGGCCCUCCACCGCGAGGAGGCCAUCCAGCACAGGCUCCGCAAGCACCACGGCGUCGGCCAUCAUCAUGGUGGCGUCGGCAUGGCCGGAACUGCUCCGCCGGCUGCCGGCACGACGGAGACCACCGUCGCGCCGCCGCCGCCGGCUGGGCCGCUUCACCACCACCCGGCUCCGGCCAAGCACUACUACUAGGCUACUAGUCCAGUACUAGUGUUUCUCUUUCU